CAUGUUCUGCCUUAAAGGAGUGCUUCACAACAAGCUGCCAGAAUGAUGAAAACAACAUCUCCGAGCUUCAAUCUCUGGCUGAUAAAUCAUGUGUGAAAGAAAGCCACAGCGAGAAAAUGGCUUCUCACACGUCAAAGACUGGCAUCAAGAUAAAUGCUACAAAGGCAGCGCAGGAAUCCAGUCCAGCGGAUGAAUAUGUCACACCUGGGGGCUAUGAGCUGGAGAAAAUCCUAAACCGUGGGAGUGUUGCUUACACUCAUGUCAACGAGGUUAAUGUCUACAUCGGGGACGAGCAGACUGCAAAGGAUAAGUGUAAUUUGAAGAGGUUGGGGAUUACGCAUAUCUUGAACGCAGCAGAGGGGACGUGGAACAAUGUGGACACUGGAGCUGGUUACUAUGGUGACAUGGACAUGGUGUAUUAUGGCGUGGUAGCAGAAGACGUCACAACCUUUAACCUCAGCCAGUAUUUCUUUUCUGCAGCUCGGUUCAUAGAAGAGACAUUGAGCAAUCCUCAGAAUAAGCUGCUGGUGCACUGUGUGAUGGGAAGGAGUCGCUCCGCCACCCUUUUCCUCGCCUACCUCAUGAUCUGUGAGAACAUGACGGUGGUGGAGGCCAUCGAGCACGCGAAGAGCCGCAGGAGAAUCAUCCCCAACUGGGGCUUCCUGAAACAGCUGAGGGAGCUGGACAUGCAGCUCCUGGAGAAACAGGAAGAGCAGAAACAUGGGGGAGAACAGCUGCGUGGAUCUGUCAUUGCCUCUUCAUUCUGAAACACCUCCAGCUAGUAAAUGUUUCACAUUAAAGGAAAACAAUCAA